AUGCCAGGUUCAAACAGUCUAAAGCGAAGUGCAAGCCAUUUGGCUGUUUCCACCAACGCAAAAAAACCGAAACCAAACAGGACUCUCACAUCAUUCUUUGGUGUUCCGAAAGGCGGUGAAGAUGAUUGUAGAAAUCCUAUUUCUAGCCCUUCGAAAUUCGACAAAAAAAAAUGGAUUGCUUCCCUGACCCCUGAACAGAAAGAACUACUUCAACUUGAGAUUGACACCCUGGACGAGAGUUGGCUGGCUCAUCUGAAAGAUGAACUCAUUACUAAAGACUUUUUGAAACUCAAGGCUUUUAUCCAGAAGGAUAUAGCCUCGGGAAUACAAGUCUUUCCCCCUCUUGCUGACAUCUAUUCUUGGUCCCGACAUACACCACUACACAAGGUCAAAGCCGUGAUUCUUGGUCAAGACCCUUACCAUGGGCCUGGCCAAGCCCAUGGAUUGUGCUUUUCAGUCCGUCCUCCCACUCCAGCACCUCCAUCACUCAAGAACAUAUACAUUGCUCUCAAAAAGGAUUAUCCCUCAUUUGAAUCGCCGCCGAAGAAUGGCGGACUCCUUACCCCAUGGGCGGAUCGUGGUGUCUUGAUGCUGAAUACUUGCCUGACGGUACGCGCCCGAUGUCCCAAUAGCCAUGCUAAACAAGGCUGGGAGCAUUUUACACAAAAGGCUAUCGAUCUGGUUUCCAAAGUUCGUACUCGCGGCGUUGUCUUUCUUGCUUGGGGCAACCCGGCCGCGAAACGUGUCGCUAACGUCAAUCGAGAACGACAUUGCGUGCUGCAUGCUGUUCAUCCAAGCCCUCUAAGCGCGCAUAAUGGAUUUUUUGACAGUGGACAUUUUAAGAAAGCCAAUGAGUGGCUGGAAAAUAGGUAUGGUGCGGAAGGUAUCAUAGAUUGGAGCCUUACUCCUAGACCUAUCAAGCUUGAGAAUCAUACCACAGAAACCUUGUUCUCUACGAAACCAGAAGAGCCUCAAGCUGAAACUCAAGGGAGCCAGGUUUCUGCAAAGUAG